UUAAGGACUGCUCCCCCACUCCCCAUUAAGGAUUGGCACCUUUGGGGGGUGGGGCGGGUACUCGAAUUUGACAGGUACCCGCUCCCACUUUCGGUCCGAUCGCCUAGGUGAUCGGAAGCAGAAGGUGUCUUCCCUCCCUCCCUCCCUGUAGUCUUUUGGGACACAUGACAGGUCCCAGAAGACUACAGGACCAUUCAUGAAGCGCAGCGCUACUCACGCACACUUUUUGUUGGACUGUGGGUACCCGGCUGUGAAGCCACAAGCUGCACAUGCGGGUGCCCACACUGAAGAUGCCGGCCUCCUGGAAUACAGGACAGCCGGUGAAACAGGCUGCGGGGUACACACCGUGGGACCGAGGACA